CACACACACACACACACACACACACACACACACACACACACACACACACACACACACACACUGAGCAGUUCCGCCUUCUCCCCGCCGACUUUUCCGCAUGUCACAUUUACAGCACACGCUCGCCAGAUUACUGCGCAGCACCAUGCAGGAAGACUCGUGAUAUCACAAGGUGUCUUACGUAUAUCAAAGAAGCAUGAUGACAAAAAGGCAGCACACAUGAUACCACAAUGUCACCGAAGGCUGAACAUGCCAGGACGUAAGGGCAAGGGGCUCUGCGGCAGAGCUGUGCAUUGAGCUCUUCCCUCACCUAUUCACUCCAUAGAUCUUCCACACCCCACACAUAAUCUCCAACAUCCCUCCAGUUGCACGACGGCAAGAGGUGGAAAUGGCCACUCAGAGGAAGCAUUUAGUCAAAGAGUUCAACCACUUCAUUACCUGUUAUGUGUGUAAAGGCUACCUGAUCAAGCCUACCACCGUGACAGAGUGCCUGCAUACUUUUUGUAAAAGUUGCAUCGUCCAGCAUUUUGAAGACAGCAACGAAUGUCCAAAAUGUGGUAUCCAAGUCCAUGAAACAAACCCACUGGAAAUGUUAAGGUUGGACAACACAUUAGAAGAAAUCAUUUUCAAGCUCGUGCCUGGACUCCGGGAAAAGGAACAACAAGAGGAGAUUGAGUUCUGGAAAAAGAAUAAAUCAAAAGAAAAUGAUGAUGAUGACGGUCCCGAAUGUAAAAGGAUGAAGGUAGACGAGGAUAUUGAUGAUGGAGGGGAUGGAGACUACCACAGGAAUGACCCACAGAUAGCCAUCUGUCUGGACUGUCUGCGCAGCAACGGCCAGAUAGGAGAGAACAUAGUAAAGGGCUUAAUGAAGAAAUUUAUUCGCUGCUCAACUCGUGUGACCGUAGGAACAAUCAAGAAGUUCUUAAGUCUGAAGUUAAAGCUUCCAAGUUCUUAUGAGGUACCAGAAGUAAUUGGAUCGUUGGGAGUUCCCUCAUUAUUUCACUUACAACUAGACGUCCUAUGCAACGGAGAGAUUAUGGGAAAAGAUCACACCAUGGAGUUCAUAUACAUGACGCGGUGGAGGCUUCGAGGUGAAAAUGCCUACCCAAUGGUACUGGAAUAUCGUCCUCGUAUUGACUUUGGCUAAACCAGUCCAGCCUCAUGCACUUUUCUCAGCUCAGCAAACAACACCACAGUGAAUAGACAUUCUGCACAGGAGUUGGACUUAAUCACACCAUUGUCUUUUUUGUAUUUGGUUAUCUUUUUCUUAAACUUCCUGGUUCAUCAGACUUCUCCUCACAGCUGGGACUGUAGCUUAUUGAGCAUGUGUUAAAUCCAACCCUGGCUUGGCUUUCGUGUGUCCAUCCAUUUGUUGGUGUACCAGAAGAACUGUUGACACGAUCAGUCAUGAAGUUACGGACCCAAGGAAAUACACAUGCCAUGAGAUAAUUGUUCAAUAAGUGUGUUCAAUUAUCAUUACAGCUUUUUUUUUUUUUUUUAUCAGUAGUUAAAGUAGUGCCUUUUGUAAACAUGCUGUUUUUGCUGAUCUCAAAAGCCUUUUUUUAAUCAUAGCCAAAAAGGAAAAACACAAUGGCGUCGUAUCAGUUCCAAUUAUCCUUUAUUAUAAUUAAAAUAAGCUACUGUUUUUAACUGAACCAUAAAGGACAGCAGGGUAUACGGUAACCCCGGAUAUUUGUUCCGACGUCUUUGUACAUACGUAGAAGGAAGCCUUACUAAGGGAGCAGUGAGCACUGAAAGCACUGAAAUCUUGCACUAGAUUUACUGAUGAAACGCUGCUUUGUUAAAAGUGAAUCCGGAUCCUGGAAAUCCACAUGUAUUAAAGGAGCUUGCAAAUGUAUAAAAUAAAUAGUUAUAUUAUUUUAAACCUAUAUGUAUGCAAGUAAUACAUUUUAGUGAAUGAUAAAUUCAUGCCUAAAUUGAACUGAAUUUUUCUAUCAAGGAAAAAAAAAUCCACUUAUGCAAAAGCAUUUACUUAAUUACCAGAAGAGAAAUUUAAAUAAUUAGUGAAUUCCUGUUUUUUUUUUAUUUAUUUAAAUAUGCACAGAAGAUGAAAAAAUAUAGUUACGCGUGGAGCAAAUCCAUCUCUUAUCCUUAUCCUUUCUAAAACUAGAAGUCAUUUAGGAACAGAACAAAUUCUCCAAAUCAAUCAAUCAGUCAAUCGACCAAUCAAUUGACCAAUCAGGUGUAGACGUUUUCUUUAAAGCCGAUACCCAGAUAGAUCACUUUUAUGUACUGUAGCAGUGAACUACGUUUGCAGUAAAUCGUCUGAAUGAGGUCUCACUCACUGGCUCCUUUGGAGAGCUCUGUAUUUACACACACUUUGUUUUUGGAGUGUCCCACAAUAUGAACAGCUUGGACACGAAAACAAUAAAUCAUUCGACUACAGGUGAGGGUGACUCUGAA